CGGGGAAUGACGGAAAUGGAAGGUAUAAGCUUCUGGAGCGCUGACGGUGAUUCCCUAUGUCUCCGUAAAUUGGAACCAUCUAGAUCAACUUCACGUCUCCCGAAACCAGAAUCAGUAACACCAUUCUGCGAACGUGACACCCCAGGAAUUACCCAUCAUUCAUCAGCCAGGAAGAAGAAUCAGUCGUCGAAAAGAAAAUCCAAACUGGGUUAUUUCCUACGGUCCCAGAUGGAGGUUGAUACGGAUCUGCAGUGUCCUAUAUGUUUGGAGUUAUUUAACUAUCCCAUAAUACUUCCAUGUUCGCAUGUGCUGUGUCGUUCACCAUGCGCAGAACAUCUGUUCGACUUCAACUUCAUCCGCUGCCCCGUUUGUCGAGAUAACUGUUAUGUCAGUGGGGGAAUAUCAAGUCUCCCAAGAGUUAUUGCACUUGAAAACAUCAUUGAACGGUACAAAGCGGACAAGAAACAAGAGCAGGCAGAACCAGUACAGAAACCAACGCCAGACGUUGUUGCACCUAAGGUGGAAGGAGGGCGAAGUGUUUGUCAAUUGUGUGAGAAAACUCCCCCUCGUAAAGCAAAAAAGUUAUGUUUAGAUUGCAAUGUCUCUUAUUGUAGUCAUUGUCUGCGCCUGUCUCAUCCAAACAGGCAACCAUUUAACACUCAUGAAAUCGUGGAACCCAGUCCGACAUCCAAGACUGCAACACCGGAAGUAACAGUAACUUCCGGUGUGUGCACGGUACACAAAAAGAUGCCCGUGACGCUUUACUGUCUGAGCUGCGAGAUGACCACAUGUGACCUUUGUCGAACUACAGAUCGACACAAGAAACACAAUAUGGCGCCUAUCGAGGAAGCGUUCCUGAAUGUAAAGUUAUCGUUGGCAGAAAAGUCAGAAAAAUUAAAGACUAGUCAAUCCAAAGUUGUGGUAACCAUUAAGUCACAGAGAGACAACCUCAAAGACAUGCAGCAAGCGAUCAACAAACGGAGGGAUGACAUAAACUCGCAAUGCGACGCUCUUUUAGCCGAGAUCGAAAACAAACGCCAUUUUUUCCUGUCAGACCUUGAGUAUGAGGAGCGCAUGCGUCAGAAUGACAUGGAUGACCUUAUCAAAGUCAUGGAUCAAAUCCAACGGUCUGCACAGGCACUCCUCGGUCAUACUAGCGAGGUUCUACUACAAGAUCAAGUAGAUUUGUUGGAGGCGUCCAGUUCUACGGCUGAAAAGUUGAUCAAAACAACUCUAGACUGUGAAAGUGUACAGUUCAAUCCUGCUGACCUUGGCUUUCUCCAGGAAAAAGUAGUCGAUUUCCGGCGAGAGAAAAAUAUACUCAGGGAUUUACAUUACCUCGUUGCUCCAGCAACACCCGUCAUUGACGUCACUCGAUGUUCGCGUAGCGACAAUAUGGUUGUAUUGGUGAUAUCCCCGCCAUUCGGACCCCAUGACGUUAUCCAACAGUACGAAAUUCACUAUUGUUCCGAGGAACAGAAGAGGCUGGAGAUUGAAGACACAGUGGUUGUGAAGAACGUUCCAGAUGAAAAAUCCACGACCCGAGGUGUUCCGAACAGUUCGGGUUUGGUUGUCAUUCUUCUUGAGAACCUGUGUAAAGGGACCACCUACUACUUCUGUGUGAGUGCCAUAAACAGCGCGGGGAAAAGCGCCAACUCUGAGGUCGUCCAGUGCAUUACACUCCUUCCGGGAGAAAGUGUGGUGCCGGUUCCUGUGAUAAUAGAGAGCUUGUGUCGCCAGUUUGCCACAUCCAUACAGAUCUACAGUUCUAGUCCACAAGAUGUCGCCGCAGAACAGAAUAUAUCGCACUUCCUGUUGUACCGUCCUGUUGCACUGAGCCGUGCAUGGCGCACGUUGGUAUUAUAUGGGCGCCAGGACCAUCGCGUAUUUGGACUCGACACAAAUGUGGAAUACGAGUUUGUGCUCAUGGCGAGUAAUCCCCGCGGGGAGUGUCAGAUAUCAAACAAAAUUUCCCUUCAGACCGAAGCUAACGAGGCAAAUGUGUAACCAAAAAAUCCCGGUCUAGAACGAGGCUUCCGUGUAACAAUAAUUUGACACCAGACCGAGACUUCUGUGUGAUAAUGUAGUUACUUCGGCUAUUGUGAACGUGACUACUCUGCAACAAGGAUACUAUUUUAGAAGUGAUUCACUACAGGCAGCAAUAUCAUUAACAAAUUGGAUAUAAAUAUUCGUGUCACCAGUUGUCAUGUCGAAACAAAUUGGCGGACACACUUUGUGUCGUGGUCACAAUCAACCUAGGCUGUUUUAUAUAUAUACUCACACUGAUUACUGAAAUCAUUUAAACUUGGAAACAGCGAAGUAAUCUAAAGGGACAGAUUUUAAACUACUAAUCAAAAUCAUUUUAUCUCUUAUUUCUACCGAAGUGUGUUAGUACCACGUGAUACAUCCUCGUUACUGGUUUACUGUAUGCAUUGCCAGUUUUAACACUUUUAAAUAUAUUUCGUUUAGAAAUAUUAAUUUGUCCGUUUAGCACCACAAGCAAUGAAUACACCUUAUAAAUAAAUUCAGAAUGAAAAUGAAAAUCCAUUUAGUCAAUACAUGAC